GGAGUUGUCGUUAACGCCCCCCUCGGCCCUGAUCAGGAAGUGAAUCUGUGGGAAAUAGAAAAACGGUCCCUAGAAUGACAUAGAAGCGGGUGAGGUGGGGUAGACCGAGACACCGGGACUAACGCAGGACUCGACACCUAUUUAAACUCAUCCAGGUGCAAAACCACGUUAUCUUUGGAAGGCACAAAGCAGCGGAGAAAAUGCUGAUUAAAGAAUUUCGAGUGAUCCUACCGAUUUCUGUGGAGGAGUAUCAGGUCGGGCAGCUCUACUCAGUAGCGGAAGCCAGUAAGAACGAGACGGGUGGAGGAGAAGGCGUUGAGGUGUUGAAGAACGAACCAUAUGAGAAGGAUGGAGAGAAGGGACAGUACACACAUAAAAUCUACCACCUGCAGAGUAAAGUCCCGUCAUUUGUACGAAUGCUUGCACCAGCAUCAGCACUGAACAUUCACGAGAAAGCUUGGAACGCCUACCCAUACUGCCGCACAGUAAUCACUAAUGAGUAUAUGAAAGAAAACUUUCUCAUCAAGAUUGAGACGUGGCACAAACCCGAUAUGGGACAGCAGGACAAUGUUCACGGUCUAGACCCAGACACCUGGAAGAAGGUGGAUGUGGUGUACAUAGACAUCGCAGACCGAAGUCAGGUGGAGCCAAAGGACUAUAAACCAGAGGAAGACCCUACUAAGUUUAAGUCUGUAAAGACUGGAAGAGGACCGCUCGGUCCGGAUUGGAAGAAAGAGCUACCUAAAAGGACAGACUGCCCACACAUGUGUGCCUACAAACUGGUUACUGUCAAGUUCAAGUGGUGGGGCCUGCAAAACAAAGUGGAAAACUUUAUUCAAAAGCAAGAGAAGCGCUUGUUCACUAAUUUCCACCGACAGCUAUUCUGUUGGAUUGAUAAAUGGAUCGAGCUGAACAUGGACGACAUCCGCAGAAUGGAGGAAGAAACCAGGAAGGAACUGGAUGAGAUGAGAGUGAAGGAUCCAGUGAAAGGCAUGGUGGCUCUUGAAGACUAAGGCUGCUCUGUGUUCCUGGAUGCUGCUGUUUAUAAAGAUCAGACAUGAAGUACUGGAGACCAGCAGCAUCACUCCCCUCAAUCAGAUCAAAGCAACAUGUCUUUUUAAUCGUAAUCAAAGUCCUUCAUCCAGCCCUUUUGGUGGGGCGUUUGUCCUGAGCAUCCUUCAUAUCCUCCUUUCAGUCUGACAACGGAGCACACUGACUAGUUAAAUAGGCUACAAUACCGGUUCUAACAUCAUGCCCAGUUUAUAAAGUCUACCUACUAAAACUAAUACAGAGACGAUCAGCGAUUCGUCAUUUAUGAUGUCAGAUCAUUACCUUAACAACUGGAGCUCGGAAGAAUUGUGUUUUAAGAUGAGUUUAAUGUAAAGCAGAUGAUAUUUGUGUGUAUAUAUAUAUAUUCAGAAUAUCUAUUGGCAGUGGAAUUAUUGUGACAGAUGUAUCAACAGGGUUUUUAAGUCGGUUUCUGUGCGGACCAAGCCGGUUUUCCUUGUUUUGUUUUACUCUGUAGUGAGUUGUUUUUGUUGCUGUAUGUUUUAAUUUCAUUUCACCCACUUUUAACCUAUUUACCAGCUGAUUCAAGGUGUAAGUGUGUCUCUUUAUAGUGUAAUACUGUACAAUCACAGUCACCCUGACCAGUCAUUUAUUUGUAACAUGCAUUGUGGAUUCAUUUGGACUGGCAGCUGCUUGGUCACGUUAAAAAAAUGUCAAGACUGCAAGUACAGUUCAUGAUUUAAUGCAAAAGUUUAUUAUAAUCAGCUUUUUGAACAGUAUCACAUUCUUGGAAUAAGCUGAAGUUAAAAGUAUUGUUGUUUGUUAAUCAGUCAAUAUUGAUGGUUUCAUUGUCUUCUCUUCCACAGUUUCCUUGUGUGUGCUAUUUUAGUCUGUAUUUUAUUUAUGUAUUUAUUUUUUUAUAAAAAGACAGGUAGGUGUAGCUCUCCUUCCCUUGGAUGUUUUUGAUUGGUUUACAAGUUCAGGCUCCGCCCUCUUUUUUAGUCAGUGGCUGACUGUCUUUAAAAGAACUCGAAGAGGCAACACAGUUAUUUUCCUGAUUAUUUUGUCGCUACCAGGUGAGGUGCUCAAGGAGGAAAUUUUACGUUACGUGCAUAUUUUAUAAAUGUAUUAUUCAUUUUCGUCUCAACUCCUUUUGAAGGACUGAUUAUCGUACUUCCCCUUUUAUAACUUGUCUUGAGGAUAAAGACACAUUUAUCCAGAUAUUAGCAAUAAUACCUCCUUUCACAACCCUUCCAAUCAACAUACAUGAUGUGAGAUAGUGACUUUAGAUGUGUAUAAUUCAUUCCCUCUCAGAAUGUUGCAUCAUUAGGACUUUAAUACAAAAUAUACUCUAACUUCCAAUCGCUCCUAUAGUUUUAUUGAUAUGGAAUCGGGUCAGGAAGAUGAAAUGGGUUGAGUAUGGGUUUCUAAAUCAGUCUUUUCUUAGUAACGUGAUGUGUGUAUGGAUGUAUGUGCGUUUGAAGUUCUCAGUGUUUCUUGUUUCGCGUGAGGGACAUCCGACAUGCAACUAUAAUGGAGGUUUACACCCUUGUGUUUCUUUCAGCCAAUGCUCAGGACCCAUAUGCGCACCUAAAUUCACUCUGACAAGAGUUAAAUUAUUCUUGUAGAAUUACAUCGAAAUUUGUGGAAAUUCCAUCGAAUUCUUAAGAAGUGAGUGCAGGUUUUAUGGUGUAGAUUGCGCGUUAAAACAUCUUUAUCGUCAUUAUACAACCACCAAUACACCAGAACUGUGUUGGUCCUGAGUCUAAUCAAAGUGAUGUAUGGAUGUAUGUAUUGAAUUGUAUAUAGUAUAUAAAUAAAUGUAGAUUAACACAUAAAUAUAUAUAUAACUAUAUAAAUAUAGCUCAGACUAUCCUGCCAGGCUAUCAGCACAUACAGCCUUCCAUUAACCCAACCAGAGUAAUUAUAUCUAGUGGUUUAGUAAUGGCUGGAUGUUAUCUGUGGUGAUUUAUGGUGGUUUAAAGAAUUAACUAUCUACAGAUAACUCCGCCCAUCACUGUCACUGGCCCCGCCCCUCAUCCCUGGCCGCUCCUCCUUUGGCAGGAUGGUGUCUAAAUAUGUUUUCAUUCAUCGAUUGUUGUUGUAUUUUUGCUGUGAGCCGUAGAAAUCUCUCACUUUUAAAUUCCUUUCAAAGCUUACACUGUGAACGAAGCCACGGCCUUUGACCUUUGAACUUGAGAAUAGACCCUUUCAAGGGUUUCGGACAAGGUUGCUAUUUUUCUCUCAGGAGACUCGAUUGAAACUUGUCCAAGCUGGUUUUGAACGACAGACAGGUGGCUUAUAAAAGGGAACUAUCCACAUGAACUGAUCAUUCACAGUUUGUGUUUCCAUUACGUAAGGCAGAUCAUGGUAAACAGGACUUUCUCAUAGAUACGUUGUUGUUAGAUUUCACGAUUUGUUGUCGAAAUUAAAACCCAAUGAUUCUAGAAAUACAAGAAAAAUGUUUUAUGAAUUUAUGUUUCACCCCACCCUGUCACGUCAUGUUUUUUUUAAAAUUUCUUUUACUGUGAAUUUGUGCCUUUUGUCAUCUUAUCUUCCAAUAAAACUACAUUGGAGAUGUGAAAAAAUGAAUAAACUUUUAAAAAGUAGUGUU